AUGUCCAAGGUGGCUCACGCUUACACCGACGACAAGGAAGGCGCCACCCUCCCUCCGGAGGCGCCAGAUGGCCAAGUGAGCGAUUCCUCGUACUCGACCGGAAAGAGCGAACCAAUUCCUGUUCAGGACGACACCGCUCCGGUCGAGGAUCCCAGUCGGCCUGAGAAGGCCAACUCAGACGAGCAACUCGGCAAGCAUUGCUUUCCUUCACAGCAUAUGCAUCUAUCAGAUGAGAAGGAAGUUCUCGAUAAUUCCAAUAUUAUCAAAGACCGUAUCCGAGGUGCGCCGCCGAAGGGAACGUACCAGGAGCCGUCGGAUGAGAAAAUCUAG